UGAGCCAAUUGAGGAAGUUAUUAGAAACUGGGCUCUAAAAACAUAUCAGACGCACCAAGCACUCAACAGUUUAUUGGCUAUUUUGUAUGCACGAACCGAAUUUAACCUACCAAAAGAUGCGCGUACGCUACUUAGAACAAAGCAGUGUGGAAAGGAAAUAGAACCGAUAGCUGGAGGAGAGUUUUGGUAUCCGGGAGUACGAUCGGUUCUCCACAACUAUUUCCGUGAUGUACAACCAACAGUAAAUGAGUUUUCUUUAAAUUUCUUUAUUGAUGGACUACCGUUGCACAAGAGCACCCGAAAACAGUUUUGGCUAAUACUGAUGAGCAUUCACGAAAUGCCAGAAGUUCCUGUGUUGAUGGUUGGCAAUUUUUAUGGGCAAUCUAAACCGAAGAGUUUAGAUGAAUACCUUCGUCCACUCGUGGAGGAGCUCAAUGAGUUGAUAGAUAAUGGUAUAAAAAUAGCCAAAAAGACCAUCAAAAUAAUUAUUAGAGCAUUUAUCGCAGACGCACCUGCACGAGCGUACAUAAAAGGUGUUGCCUAUUUCAAUCAUAAACUGGGAUGCCAGAGAUGUACAGUCGAAGGACAAUUUAAUAAAAAAGCUCGAGUGAUGUAUUUUUCGAAGAUAGACGCACCAAGAAGAACGGAUGAAGAGUUUCGUGGAGAAAAGUAUGGUGACCACCACCGAGAAAGAACACCUCUACUGCAUCUAAAGACAAUCGAUAUCAUUCGAAAUAUUAUUAUCGCGGAUGUAUUGCAUUUGAUAGACUUUGGAAUAUCACGAACAUUAAUCGUCGGAUGGAAAUCAGGAAAGCUAAUAGGGCGCAGUUGGUCAUCGGAAACGCUGAAUUACAUAAAUUCGCUACUUCAAAAGGUGGAAAUUCCGCCUGAAUAUCAUCGCAAAUUCCGUCGAAUUGAAGACACUGGUUUAUGGAAAGCCAUUGAAUAUCACAUGUUUUUACAUUACGCCAGUUUUAUAGUGUUGAAAAAUGUAUUAACUGAAAUGGAAUACAAACAUUAUAUGUUGUAUUUUUGUGCAAUAAGAGCAUUUUCUUCGGAAAUUUACAAACAUUUUUGGCCAGAAGCGGACCGGCUUCUCAAACAGUUUGUUGUAGAGUAUGGUGUCAUUUACGGUGAACACCGUUUGACUAGCAAUGUACAUAGUUUGGUACAUGUUUUCGAAGAUGUGGACAAAUUUGGAGUUCUUAAAAAUAUGUCAUCUUAUCGUUUUGAAGGUACAUUAUUUCAUGUUAAAAAUUCACUUCGAAACGGUCAUCAGGUUUUGGUUCAGGCUGCAAAUAGAAUAUCGGAACAAUCUUCGAAAUCUCGAACGGCAAGAAAUAACUCAUACCCUUAUUUGGAACACGUAAAAAAAGGAGUAGUACUGUAUGUAAAUUAAAAUACCACAUUUUAUCCAACAUCUCAGGCAAAUUGGUUUCUAACAAAAGAUAAUUACAUUGUUCAAUAUUGUAGGGCAACAAAAGAAGGAUCUGUUAUUAACAUUUACGGGAAGGCAUUUGAUAAAAUAAUUAGUCCAGAUAAAUACUGUUCUUCGCCAUUGAUGGAAGACAUUG